AUGGCAACGCGCAUGCGCGCACAGGGUGCGAGGCGCCGCGGCCGCCGGACGGAGCGCGCUCGGCCGGCAGUGUCCGCGAUGGUAGCGAGGUGCGCGGACGACGGCGGGGGCGGCUGCGGCUCGGGCCGCUGGGCGGCGGUGUACGCGUGUCUGUGCGCGCUGCUGCUGGCGCAGCUCGCCUCCUCCUGCUACCUGCUGCGCUACGUGCAGAGGGUGGACCUCGCCGACGACAGCAACGCCGUCGUGCAGGAGUCCACAGUCGAGUUCUUCGACCCCAAGCUGCGGCCCGAGAUCGAGGAGCGCGACCAGCAGCAGAGCAAGGCGUCCGGCGACAAGGGCGCCACCCCCUGGGUCUGGCUCACCUCGUACUCCAGGCUGCCGCCCCAGCGUGAGCUUGAGCCUUUGAUGGGCUACGUACUGUAUCUUUCUGAAAGGCUGCUCGACAGGGUGCCGGAAGAACAACGUAGUCUUGAUCCGCACAUCAGCUUUCACAGCCCUCUUAUGGGUUACUCGCAGACUUCUUGGACCUGCCGCAGUUCCAGUGGAGCUGAAGGCGCUGCAAUUGAGGGAACUGGCAUCCAGAAGGAGGAUGUUGAUGGAUUCCUCCACUACAACAUGAAGGUGAAAGGAGACCUCAGGAUCUACAGUCUAGAGCGAAGUGCCGAGACGCCGUGCUGUGGCUACGCUGUCGGGACGCCGGGAGCACGUGCGUCCGUUGCCACGGCGACGCGCAUGCGCAGCUGCCGCUUCUAUUGCUGGCGCGUCGGCCCCCUUUGGGAGCGGCCGGCAGUGAUCGCGAUGGUCGCGGCGAGUGGCGGGACGGGCGACCGCGCGGGCCGCUGCCCGCCGGUGUACGCGUGUCUGUGCGCGCUGCUGCUGGCGCAGCUCGCCUCCUCCUUGUACCUGCUGCGCUACGUGCAGAGGGUGGAGCGCUCCUGCUGCUGCACGCCCGAGGAAGGCGGCAGCGCGGCCGAAACAGCUCGCGUGCGCGUGCCGCGCAGCGCACAGGUGGCGGGCAAGUUCAUCGGCCAGGGGGCCAACGUCGAGUUCCUCGGUACCAACAAAACGAAGCCUGCGAACAAGACGUCCGGGGGCGACGAGGAUUGGGUUACGCUGGACACCGUCUCUAGAGUACCGCUGGUGGCGAUCCAGGGAUUCUGCAAGUCGACGCGGGAGUACUGCCCGCCGGGCGUGCCGGGGUCUCCGGGUCCUCAGGGGCCGCCCGGACUGCACGGCCAGCCCGGCGCCAAGGGGGACCGCGGCGAGCGGGGGUUCCCCGGCGAGCCCGGCUCCAGGGGACUCCCCGGCGUGGCGGGGUUGCCCGGUCCCCGCGGCCCCAAGGGCGAACUCGGCUACCCUGGUCCUCCCGGGCUGGACGGCCGAGACGGAGUGCCCGGAGAGCCCGGCCUGGACGGGCUGCCCGGCCGCAACGGGCUGGACGGGGUGCCCGGCAGGCCGGGAACGGACGGUGUGCCGGGGACGCCUGGCACGCCAGGCAGGAACGGCACCGACGGACUCCCAGGACUGCCGGGACCAAUUGGACCACCUGGGCCGAAGGGACCGAGAGGUAUCGCUGGUCCACGCGGGCGUUCUGGUAAGCCGGGCACCAACGGGAUCCCCGGCACUCCGGGCAUCAACACGUGGAAGGUGCGCGUCAACGGCACCAUCAGCAACGAGCUGCUCAUCCCGCCCUCUAUCACAGGUUCAGGAUCGAUGGAGAGGAAGGACCCAACGGCGGUGCACGAGGGCGACAACGUGCGCAUCAGCUGCGGCGCCGCCGGCAACCCCCGGCCGCACGUCGAGUGGCGCAAACUGGAUGGCGCGCCCAUCCCACUGGGCUCCUGGCAGACCGUGUCGGUGUCUGGCUACACGCUGAACCUGACCCGCGUGUCGCGGGCGCACAUGGGCGUCUACCAGUGCAUCGCAGACAACGGCAUCCCGCCGCCCGCCAACAAGACGUAUCGCCUCGAGGUACACUUCCCGCCGCUGAUCCGCAUCCACAGGCAGCUGGUGGGCGUGGUCAACGGUUCGACGGGGGUGCUGGAGUGCGACGUGGAGGCGUUCCCGGACCCUGUCUGCUAUUGGGAGCGCGAGGACGGCCGCCUCAUUGAGCCCGGCCAUAAGUUCGUCACCAGCCUCUCCGACAGGGACCGCUACAAGAUGCGGAUGCAGCUGAACAUCACGCGCGUCUACCCGCCAGACCACGGGAAGUACCACUGCGUGGCCAAGAAUGAGAUGGGCAUCACCAGGGGUGUCUUCAACGUCUACGGAGUGGACCCGCGGCUGGCGACGCCGCCGCCGGUGCUGGCGUCGCUGCCGGGGGCCGUGGUGUACGGCGAGGGCCCGCCGCCGCCGCUCGACCUGGACGACCUCUGCCCCGCCCCCCAGCCCUGCCCAGAGUGCCCCAGGGCGGGCCGCUGCCUCGGCGGCGACCUCUCGCUGCUCAAGCUGGUCGGCGGCCGGCUCGACAUCCGCGGCUUCGAGAACGUCACCGUGCCCGGCCUGCCCAACAGGACCACCGACUGCCUGCUGUACGCCAUCGGGAAGCCCGUGUACCAUCGGUGGACGGACAUGACUUAUGGCAGUUGGAUGCGAGACGCCAUGCCGCGGCCUGAAGCUAACGCGGAGAAAUUCUGGGUCACCAACGAAACUGACCCGUACCACCUGUACGAAUUCGCCAACAAGACUUCCUUCAGCAAGGACGUACCGACCAAGGUCUAUAAGCUCGACCACCCAUUCAAGGGCAACGCGCACGUGGUGUACAACGGGUCGUUCUUCUACCACGAGCGCGACCAGCGGCGCGUGCUGCGCUACGAGCUGUCCACGGGCCACUACACGCCGCUGGACGUGCCGCUGGUCGCCACCAACGGCUCCAACUAUCUCUACUCCACCGACCACAACUACAUCGACUUCUCCGUGGACGACAACGGCCUCUGGCUCAUCUACGCCCUGCCAGAUAUCAACAACACCAUCGUCAUGAAGGUAGACACGUCGACGAUGCAGAAGCAAUACAUGUGGAACAUCAGCGUGAACCACCACGAAGUGGGCGAGAUGUUCGUCGUGUGUGGCGUGCUGUACGCCGUGAACAGCGUCACCGACCGCAUCACAAAGAUAGCUUUUGCCCUUGACCUAUAUACGAACAAUCUACAGGACGUGAAUCUCAACUUCACUAACCCAUUCAGGAGGACAACAAUGAUCGGAUAUAACCACAGAAACAAGGAGCUGUUCACGUGGGACAAGGGCAACCAGCUGACGUACCCGGUGCGCUACCACGAGAUGGGCUACCACCUGAACGCCACGUCAUCCGGAGGUGGCAGCGGGAGCGUCGAGGACCGCAGCGAUUCCGAUACCUCUAGCGGCCAGGUGCACACCGGCAUCGAGGUGUCGUAGCCGCUCCAACUGCAGCCGCCGCUGCCGCACCACCACAACCAACACCGCUGAGUGGUUACCGCGGUGCUACGCGGCUGCCCGGGCACUGGCUGGCAGUGCCCGCAGCGUGGGGGGCACUGUGCACCUCACAGGAGGCGCGUGGGGGCGGUAGCAGGGGCACCGAGGGGGGGAUACGGACACUGCGCUGUUCGUAAGAUGCCGCAGACUCUACUGGUUUGCAUACUGGUUUUCCCUCCCAUUCUUAAUCCACCGGAAAAUUAUUUCCUUUCAUUGCUCUGCACCCGUCAGACAACCGCGGACUGCUUAAUUGAGCAUAACAGGCUACAGAACUACGACAUAUUUAUCUUGGGGAGACGACAGUCAUUGAUCUAUCAUGUUAAGAAUUCUUUACUUCUAGACACAAUCAUGCAUCUAUUUUCAUAUCAAUGGUGUCAAUAGAAUCAAACGAUUUUUGGAGAUAAAUAUAAAAAAUAAACCUCUUUAUAGACUGGCAUAAUGAUAUUUAUGGACAUCCAAUAUCAUGCAGGAAAACGUGUCAGCAACUUCCUUUUAUUAAAAUUACUACUGGUACUUCUAUCGAAGCUGCGUGGAGAAAAAUCUUUUAUAUGCAUUUACUAGUUUUGGGCACGAAAUCCAUUAUAAAAACAUCUCUUUCGUCAUGAGCAUUGACACGUAAUGCAACCAGUACAUUUGCAGACAGCCAAAACUGGAAAUAGUGAGUAACAUUUACGACCUCAUUUACAGAGUAUUAUCAAUCUUCCUAGCCACGUAGCACCAGUUAACUGUUGUAUUAUGUAUCAGUACAUACGAUGAAAUCAACUGUUUGAUAAUGGGCGUCGCGUCCGAAACUAAUCACCGUAAAUAAAGGAUUUUUCCCCCGCAGCUUCGGCAGAAUUAUAAAUAAUAAUUUUAAUAAUGAUAUGUAUUCAGUAUUACUCACGAUGAUUCAGUAGUGAUGUUACACACUUUCAGGGAUGGUAAAGAAAGGUAAAUAUAUUAAUUUUAAAAAGGGAAUCCUGGUCCAAAAACGAUGGAGUCGAAUGUUAUAAGCGAUUAUCGUCCUUCGAUAAGGACAGAAUCUGAAGAUAGAGUUGAAGCUCAAUAUUUUCCCAUAUUUGAUCUGCUAGAUUUUAUACUGGGUGUAUCGUAAUUAAUACCGAGAACUGAGACAGGUGGAAGUGCACGACAAUAGAAGCAAAAACGUUCCACCAAACACGAACCUCCAAGCGAAACGUUUUCCACCUAAUUGUGAAUACUGACUUCAGUAUAAAUUACUUUCCUUGUUGGUAGAAACGUAUACGCAGUGUAAAUGUUUUGGUUAAGUCCCCGAAGACUUAGGCGCAAAUUUCACCCCAUCACUUCGAAAAUCGAUCUGAUACCGCUGACAAUGGAAUAAACGUACCACCACCAUUGUGGCUAAGAUUAUAGGGUAAUAAAAUUUCAGAGAUAGUAGUAUGCACCAAAAGAAGAAAAAGAGUAUGGUAUACAUUUGCUCUGAAAUUCAUCCCUUAAAGCUAUGGACAGUUGUUCAUCUUCCCUGUUGUGAAACACAUCUCCUGUACUGCAAGCUCUUUGCUUUCCAUAUUUUAAAAGAGGUAGUAUGGACCAACACAAGAAAUAAUAACCAGUAAAUAUCGGGUGUCAAAUUCAUCCCGUAGAAGCUAUGGAUACUUGUUUAGUAGAAGAGAUAUGGUUCAAAGUAGCAGGAUGAACAGAUGCUCAUUGCUCUUAAAGUAUGCAUUUUAGAGACUAUGUUUACCUGCCAUUUUUUUCUUCUUUUGGUCCAUACUUACACCUCUGAAAGUUGCCAUCCUUAUAAUCUUAGCAACCACAGUACUGGUACAUAUAUUUUACUGUCAGAGUUGUCGGAACAAUUUUCGCUUAUAACUUUUGAAUCGAUCGUUUCCAGACUAAGGCUCCUUACCUCAGAUUAACACAUUUACCCUUCUUCGUCAUCCCCCAAACUUCGUAAUAUCACCACGGAAUACCCAUAUCCUCGUAGAGGACCUCGCGUUGUCAUUAAGUUAACAUGCUCUGCUAGAUUUUAUACUGGGCGUAUUGUAAUUAAUACCCAAAACUGAGACAGGUAAAGUGCCCGACACUAGAAGCAAAAACGUUCCACCAAAAACGAAUCUCCAAGCGACACGUUUGCCACAUAAUUGUGAAUUAUGACUUCACUAUAAAUUACUGUCCUUGUUGGUAGAAAUGUAUGCGAAAUGUAAACGUUUUGGUUAAGUCCCCGAGGACUUAGGCGCAGAUUUCACCCUCGGUCUACCUUAGCAAGAAAUAGAAUACUACUUCAGCCCAUUGUGUGGUACAUUUUCCUGUAUACUGGUACCAGUUGAAGGAGGGGUCUCGCGUGUCGCCCUCGGACUUGGAUGCAACUCUAUACUCGUCUCUGCAGUGAGAUAAAAAUUGUCUAUGACACCCCCUGGAUGAUCUCGUAAUUCUUGAAAAGGUUGAAAAAUUCUCUGCUCAGUUCUUGAACCGGAUCAAUGAAAGAGGUCUUCACAUCACUCCCAAGAAGGCCCUAAAAAGAAAAAUAUAGAGGAUUGAUGUCAAAUGAUCUUGGAUAUAAAGACGUGGCUCCUGUUAGACAAGUCCAUCACUGACCAUAUCGGGCGCCACAUGUCGUCGUCUUACGUAAGCAGCAGAAAGUGUCGGUGGCCGCAUACAUCUGCCACGUUCCGCAACCGUGGACAGCUGGAGAAAUUCGAGCCUAAUUAGAAGAGAAAUUAAUCGAAAAGUUUAUAUUUCACGCACAUUUCUACUAAGUAGGGUGAUACUUCCUACUGAAGUCAGCGGCGACUCACAAUCACAAAUUCACAGUUGAUUUGUAAACUCUUGUUCAUUGGUAAGUUUUUGCUUUUAUUAUCUUACACUUUACCAGCGUCAUUGUACACUCUUAAUUAUGAUUCAUCAGCUACAGCAGAAAUUUGUCACUUUUUUUGUUACGCUAUUUUUCUUAAUAUGUUGCUAACCUAUCCCAUGAUAUCCUCUUCAGCUCUUGUUCGCUAGUGUUUUUCUAUUUCUGCUACUUAAAUACAAGUAGCCAUUUCGCGUUGUGCUGGUUCAGUGGAAGAGGAGAGAUAAUUUCCCACAGUAGCCUAUGUACACAGCUUCGAAAACGUAGCCAAACAUGUGUGCCAGAGCAGACGAAAGAAUCCAACUCCCUUUCUGCUCCGCUCCAUACUAUCAUUACAGGUGUGUGUGCCCCUCCAUACCAGUACGAAUCAUUUGAACCGAAGUCUAUACGGUGUGCAAACAGUUUGCAAUCAAGAGUUAAGGAAAAUGACUCACCAUUAAUAUAAAAGACUUAUUUGGAUGGAUGUUAUAUUCUGAUAUCAUUAUUCUUUGUACAAAAACUGUAUUAUAGUACCUUAACAUUUGUAUGUAACCAAUUGACACGACUACAAUAAAAUAUAAUU